UCCGUUGUCAGGGUGAAGGGUCAAGCCUGGUUUCCGGUCGGUGGGUGUCUCUGUCCCUCCACACCAAAGAUCCCGGAUACUAGAGCCUUCUAUCAUCUUUGCUCCACACGGCCUUGCGGCUCAGGCAGUUGGCGCACAGCAGCUACAGAUGUGGUUCCACCGUUCCAUCCGGCUGCUCCCCGCCGCCCGCGGGGCCUGGUGUCGGUGGCUCAGCCUGUCGCAGGCCCGAGGGGCGGCUGCUGAGCGAGGUGGGGAUGGCAAGGCUUCAAUAAAUCAAGAAAAUGAACUCCGACCUCUAUACUUCGAUUUCCAAGCAACAACACCACUGGAUCCGCGAGUGUUGGAUGCAAUGCUCCCUUAUCUGGUCAACUAUUAUGGUAACCCUCAUUCAAGAACACAUGCAUAUGGCUGGGAGAGUGAGGCAGCCAUGGAGAAAGCGAGAAAGCAAACAGCUGCUGUGAUUGGAGCUGACGAGAGAGAAAUUAUCUUCACCAGUGGUGCGACAGAAUCGAACAAUAUCGCCAUCAAGGGUGUUGCAAGGUUUUACAAAGCCAAAAAGAAGCACGUCAUCACGACACAGACAGAGCACAAAUGUGUACUGGAUUCUUGCCGCAUGCUUGAGACUGAGGGCUUUGAAGUUACCUAUCUACCGGUGAAAACAAAUGGCCUUAUUGAUUUGGAGGAAUUGGAGAAAGCAAUUAGACCGGAUACGAGUGUGGUGUCAAUAAUGACUGUGAACAAUGAAAUUGGGGUAAAGCAACCAAUUGACGAUAUAGGUCACAUUUGUAAAACUAAGAAGGUAUUUUUUCAUACGGAUGCCGCACAAGCUGUUGGGAAAAUUCCCCUUGAUGUGAACAAAAUGAAAAUCGAUCUGCUGUCGAUCAGCGGUCACAAAAUCUAUGGACCGAAAGGAAUUGGUGCGUUGUACGUCCGGCGGCGGCCCCGGGUGCGGAUUGAAGCCUUGCAGAGCGGCGGGGGGCAGGAGCGGGGCCUGCGGUCGGGUACAGUUCCAACUCCGCUGGUCGUCGGGCUUGGGGCGGCCUGUGAGAUAGGAAUGCAGGAGAUGGAGCUUGAUCACAAGCACGUGUCAAAGUUGGCCAAGCGUUUGGUGUCAAAGAUAAUGGAUGCGAUCCCUGAUGUGAUUCUCAAUGGAGAUCCUGUGCAGCGGUAUGCAGGCUGCAUUAACCUCUCAUUUGCCUAUGUGGAAGGAGAGAGUCUUCUGAUGGCUUUGAAGGAUGUAGCCCUCUCAUCUGGAAGUGCGUGUACGUCAGCCUCUCUGGAGCCUUCCUAUGUCUUGCGAGCGAUUGGAGCUGAUGAAGAUUUGGCACAUUCUUCAAUCAGGUUUGGCAUUGGGCGUUUCACCACUGAGCAGGAGGUGGACCACAUAGCAGAGCGGUGCAUCCAGCAAGUGCGGAGGUUGAGGGAGAUGAGCCCACUCUGGGAAAUGGUUCAAGAAGGCAUGGACUUGAAGAACAUUAAAUGGUCACAACAUUAGAAUAUUCCAGAAGAAACUGGCCACUGGGAAGGACAGUUGUCGUGGUCAGCGACUGUAAGAUGGGACUCAGCUUUCGUCAUUUGCAGAAUGGGUAGAUUAAAGCAAAUGAAUCGGUAUGCCUCAUGAGUCAGUGCUUUACAGUAAAUGUGGUGAAUCCUAGCACCUUAUCUUGCUAUAUUGGUAAACUCAAACCUUAAUCUAUCAGCAACUCUGGCUAAUGAAAAAAAAUCUAAUCAGAAAUGAUUCAUGUUUGAAGCAAUCUCCCUCGUGGUUAUUGAAUGAAAUAUUGCUUCUUGCUUAUCACUGGUACCUUUACAUGGUGGCUGUCAGCUAGCCCUGAAGAGGGACGAUGCAAUCAGUCUAUUUAAUAUAGCAAGUUUGAUAUCAAUCAGGUGAUCUAGGAUAAAAGAAAACAAAGAUGCUGUCAUCUUGUGAUCGAGAUAACUUGCUUGGGGAACGGUCUUGUCCUGUAGAUCGGUCUCAUUUUUAUCUUCAUCCACUGGACGGGGAAAUUAGACAGUACCACUGUGCAGCACACUUGUUUGCUUUCUCUCACGGUCUCUGCGAGACCCUCUCGUGCACUUUCGGAUGGAUUCUUGUCCUUUCAAUUAAAGGUGACAAAAAAAAAGACAAACUUCCAGCUUUCUCCUCCCCACCCUCCCCAGCACAUUCAGCGAGGAACGGUCCCGACCCGAAACGUCACCUAUUCAGGUUUCAGUUUGAAGACCUGUCCUUCAGAACAGGAAAGAUGAGUAAAGGAGCUUGAGAAAUUGAAAACGCAAGGAACUGCAGAUGCUGGCUUAAAAAAAAAAAAAAGACACAACCGCUAGAAUAAUUCAGCGUUCAGUCAGCUCCUCUGGAGGACAUGAAUAGGCGAAGUAUCCGGUCGGGAAAAGACACAAAGUGCUGGAGUAACUCAGCGGGUCGGGCAGCAUCUCUAGAACUAGGUGACGUUUCGGGUCGGGACCCGUCUUCAGAUCGAUUGCAAGACAUGGUACAUUUGGUCUCGGUACAUUGCCCCUAGUGUGCAGGAAGUGGAUGUAACAGAACUAGUAAGAACGGGUAAUCAAUGGCGUGGUUGAAAGGCCUGUUUCCAUUCUGUUUCUCUAAACUAAACUAUAGUCCUUAUGUCUCUGCUUUAGACACUGUUUAUUGUCUAAGACAAACUUUAGGGAUUCUGUGCUACGAAGCUGCCGGGCUUUAACAGCAGAUGAAAUGGGAUCUGUUCUCGUGACUGCCUCUUAAACAACAUGCCCAAGUAUAGAAUGCAUGAGUGAUGUUUAUUUCGCUACGCCAUUAAAUGGGUGAACUCUGAUCUGUACUUUCACAAUGAUUAACAAGGGUAACCCUCUGGCCCACUUGGAACGAUGAAGGACAAACAUUACCUCUACAUUUAUGUAAUUAAUUUCCUUUUUAAAUUGUUCAAUUUUGAACGUGACACAAGGAACUGCAGAUGCCGGAUUGUGUGUAGAACACAAUGUGCUGGAGUUUCUCAGCUGGUCAGGCAGCAUCUCUGGAGGACAAGAGUAGGUGACGCUUCAAGUCCGAUCCAAAACGUCGCCUAUCCAUGUCCUUCAGAGAUACUGCCUGACCCGCUGAGUUACUCAAGCAGUUUGUGUUCUAUUUUGAAGGUGAGGAUUUCUACAUAAGGUUUGGAGAUGACCUUGUUUAAAUGGGUUAUUCUUAUUCAAAUCUGAUAGUGUGUGAAAGGUAGUAUGGUGUUUGGAGCCUCUUCCCACGAUAAUGAUGAUGAAAAGGGAAUCUUAACAUUGUGUGCACAAUACCAAUUAACCCAAACUGCCCAUAUUUGUCCAUUACUAAUUAUCUUUCCUAUUCAGUAGAACUAUUUCUAUUUUCGAUAUUAUGUCUUACACUGGAUGGGUUGAAAUUACUUCCUUGUAUGGCAGCUCACAAAACAAUACCAUCUCCUCGCUCAUUUUCCCUUCAAUCUAUCCUUGUCAUUCCAUGUGGCCAAGGAACCGACCAGGCCACUGGUCACGGUUCGAUCAGAAUUGACUGUUGGGAGACCUUGCCUUCACAUUUAGCACAGUAACUUCACUCUCAAAAGGACACAAAGUGCUGGAGUAACUCAGCAGGUCAGGCAGAUUCUUUGGAGAGCAUGGAUUGAAGAAGGGUCUCGACCCACAACGUUACCUAUCCAUGUUCUCCAUAGAUGCUGCCUGACCCACUGAGUUACUCCAGCACCUUGUGUCCUUUUAUGUAUUAACCUGUAUCUGCAGUUCCUUAUUUCUACAAUUUCCUAUUCUCUGGUUUUGUUCAUUUGCUUCCGACGUGGAACUGAAAUAUGUUCCCAUUAAAGCCAUUCAUAACAGCAGUGGAUGGCACUAUGAAAAUAAAUCAGCCAGGCCAUGUGUUUUGCCUCAGUACACGCAAUUGAAUUGAAAAUGUAGGCUGAAUCCUCUUGUUUAGCUGCCAAUACUGAGAUCUCGGUUCUCUUCAGCUCAUGUUUCAUCCGUGAUAAUCUCAACGGGACUUCAGACCAUCAAUGAAGGGGAGGGAAUGAGGAUGUAAUAAAUUAGGCCAAGCUUUUUCACAUCUUUAGGUGUCUACGAAUCACAUCGGUGAAACUAAACACGCACAAUUUAUGCUUUGUUUCGUAUCUAAAGCUGUUUUGGGGUUCCCAUGAUAUGUAUUGAUGUGUUCCUUUGUAUCUUUUAUGUUGGUAAAGUUUGUUAACAUAAAUGUACAAGACCCGUCAUAUUAAAGGAGUUAUAUAGCCUUG